AUGAUUGACCGAAGAACUAGGGCUUUUGAUGAAUCAGACAUCACCACAACAGCGCCUGCAUCUGUUGCAUCUUCUCCAUCAUCGUCUACCUUCCUAUCACCUUUCUAUCCUGAUAAUAACAUCAAUGCCACUUCUUCCUCACCAAAUUACUUCUCGUCUUCUUCUUCAAGAAAUACAAGGAAAAAGGUAACGUCCAUUGAAGAGGAACCAGAAGCCAUGGAUAGCCCAGGUCCAGAUCGAGGCCUUAAGGUAGAAGGCAGUGUUGUGCAUAUUAUGAAGGCAUUGGCAAGUCAUCCUGCAGUUGAUCAGAGUUUAAUUGAAGACAAGUCACUUCAACUACUCUUUGAGAUGGUUGCCAAUGGAUCUUUAAUUUUAUUUUCAAGAUAUAAGGAAUUUCUUGUACCCUUACACAAUAUUCAACUCCAUAUGCAUGCAAUGCAGAUACUUGGUCUUCUUAUGUAUAAUGACAAUAGAAGCACCACCAAGUACAUUAGGAGGCAUCAGUUGAUAAAAAUAUUGCUAAUUGUUGUGAAGGACUUCAAGCCGGAAACUGGAGACCCUGUAUAUGCACUGGGAAUUGUAAACUUGUUGCUUGAAUGCAUAGAAUUGUCAUAUAGACCUGCUACAUCGAGUAAACAUCGCAUUGUGAAACCAGGAUCACCACCCCAUGAGAGCAAUUAUUGUUGUCCACCAGAGACAAGAGCAGCAAGACGCCAAGACAUUUAG